AUGUCGUCAUCAUCAUCCACCGAAACCUGCCGCCUCGUGGUCCUCUGCUCCGGCUCCGGCACGAACCUGCAAGCCAUCAUCAACGCAGUCGCCGACGGCACCGUACCGCAAAGCAAGAUUGAAAAGGUCAUCGUGAACCGCAAGACCGCCUACGCCGUCCAGCGCGCGGAGAAGGCGGGCAUCCCGACGCGGUACUUCAACCUCGUCUCGGGCGGCUUCACGGCCAAGGGCGAAAAGGACGAGGCGAAGCUGCGCGAGGGCCGCGGCCGGUACGACGCGGCGCUGGCCGAGCUCGUGCUGCAGGACAAGCCGGACCUCGUCGUCCUCGCCGGGUGGAUGCACGUGUUUAGCGCGCCGUUUUUGCGGCCGUUGGAGGCUGCCGGGGUUCCGGUCAUUAAUCUUCACCCGGCGCUGCCUGGCCGUUAUGAUGGUGCCAAUGCGAUUGGAAGGGCAUACGAAGAUUUCCAGGCCGGCAAGCUUGAGAACAACCGGACCGGAGCAAUGAUUCACUAUGUCAUUGAGACGGUGGACCGUGGAGAGCCUAUCCUCAUUGAGGAGGUUGAGAUUCGCUCGGGUGACAGUCUGGCAGAUGUGGAAGAGCGUAUGCACAGCGUCGAACACGGUCUCAUUGUCAAGGCCACCGCAAAGGUCGAAGACCUCAGGGAGAAGAAGAAGAAGAAGAAGAAGAAGAAGAAGAAGAAGAAGAAGAAGAAGAAGAAGAAGAAGAAGAAGAAGAAGAAGAGCUUCUGGCAACCGUUAUUGAGUUCCAAAGAACGGAAGACGUGA